UAUCAGCUCAGCCCUCUCACUGAGUGCGUGCUGAGACUCCUCUAGGACAUGGAGAAAUCCUGCAAAAUCAGCAAGUUCUUUAUUCUCUGCGUUGUGCUGGGAGUCCUCUCUGUGGCAACCAUCGUUACAUUGUGGGCUAUUGCACUGACAGAUAGCGUAGAGGUCGUCGCUCCAUGGGACAAGUACCGUCUCCCAGACACCCUGAAGCCUGACCACUACAACCUAACCCUGUGGCCUCGACUCACCGUCAACGCACAAGGCCUCUACAUCUUCACAGGGAAAUCCUAUGUGGUCUUCCAAUGUGUGAAGGAGACAGACCUGAUCCUCAUACACUCCAACAAGCUGAACUACACCAAGUGGGGGGAUGACCAUCUGGCUAAACUGUCUGCUCUCGGUAGCACACCCGCACCAACCAUAAAGAAAUCCUGGCUACAGCCAACAACUCAGUUCCUGGUAUUGGAACUGAAUGGCAAGUUAGCUGUUGGAGAAUCCUACCAGCUGGACACAGUGUUUGUUGGGGAGCUGGCUGAUGACCUAGCAGGUUUCUAUAGGAGUGAAUAUGAAGAAGAUGGAGUUAAAAAGGUUGUAGCUACCUCUCAGAUGCACCCUACUCACACCAGGAAAACUUUCCCCUGUUUUGAUGAGCCUGCGAGGAAAGCCGUCUUCCACAUCACACUCCUCCAUCCCCGUGGGACUGUGGCCCUGUCAAACGGCAAGGAGCAAGUUAACACCACCAUAUACACAGAGGCUGUCACACAGACCAGAUUUGAGCCAACCAAGAGCAUGUCAACCUACCUACUGGCCCUGAUUGUCUGUGACUAUUCAUUUAUCAGCGCUCAGGAGGGAGAUAUUCUGAUUCGGAUCUGGGCUCGUAGAAAAGCCAUCAGUGAAGGACAUGGAGAAUAUGCGCUCAAUCUAACAGGACCAAUCCUGUCCUUUUUUGAGGUUUAUUACAAUACCACCUACCCUCUCUCCAAAUCAGACCAGAUUGCCCUUCCUGACUUCUAUUUUGGGGCCAUGGAGAAUUGGGGACUAGUUACCUACAGGGAAACAAAUCUGCUUUACGAUCCUUUAACAUCCUCCAAUGGAAACAAGGAGAGAACAGCCACCAUCAUUGCACAUGAACUUGCACACAUGUGGUUUGGAAAUCUAGUGACUCUGAGAUGGUGGAAUGAAGUCUGGCUGAAUGAGGGCUUUGCAUCCUACGUGUCAUAUCUUGGGGCUGAUUACGCUGAAUCCACUUGGAACGUGAAAGAUCUCAUAGUUCUUGAUGAUGUGCACAGGGUGUUUGCAGUGGAUGCCCUGGCUUCCUCUCACCCCCUGUCCUCCAAAGACGAUGACAUCCAGAAGCCUGAGCAAAUCAGUGAACAGUUUGAUGUCAUCUCUUACAGCAAGGGGGCAUCAGUGUUGAGAAUGCUGUCAGAUUUUCUAACUGAACCCGUCUUCGUCCAAGGACUAAGUAGCUACCUGAAUCACUAUGCCUAUAACAACACAGUGGGGACAGACCUUUGGGAUCAUCUACAACGAGCAGUAGAUGCCAGUGACAUGGAACUUCCUGGUACAGUGCAUGACAUCAUGAACCGCUGGGUCCUUCAGAUGGGCUUUCCAGUGGUCACCAUAAACACAGCCACUGGACUGAUCACCCAGCAGCACUUCUUACUGGACCCUGAUUCCGUGGGGAGUGUACCACCAUCUGACUUCAAGUACGAGUGGAUAGUACCAAUCAAAUGGAUGGAAGCAGGAGUGCUUCAGAAAGAGAUAUGGCUGCUUGAGAAAGAGGCACUAAACAAUAAAUUGAAAAGUGGUCACUGGGUACUAGCAAACAUCAAUGUGACUGGAUACUACAGGGUUAACUAUGACCGUGGCAACUGGCAACGUCUCAUCUUCCAACUGAGCACCAAUCACCAGGUCAUACCAGUUAUCAACAGGGCACAACUUGUGGAUGAUGCUUUUAAUCUAGCAAGGGCAAAGUUCAUUACCACAACAUUAGCUCUGAAAACGACAAAAUACCUCUCCAAAGAAAUUGAAUAUAUACCGUGGGAGUCGGCUCUGAACAACUUGGAUUAUUUUUACCUCAUGUUUGAUCGCACUGAGGUCUAUGGGACUAUGCAGCAUUAUGUGAGGAAUCUAGUGACACCCCUUUUUCAACACUUCAAGACUAUUACUGCAGACUGGAGUAAAGUUCCUGAUGGGCAUAAUGAGCAGUACAACCAGGUGAAUGCCAUUAGGAUUGCCUGUAGCAGUGGACUGGUUGAGUGUCAGAAUCUGACUAAAAGCUGGUUCAGUCAAUGGAUGGCUGACCCUGACAACAAUCUGAUUCAUCCUAAUUUGAGGAUGACAGUGUACUGCAGUGCCAUUGCAGCAGGCGGGGCUGCAGAGUGGGAUUUUGGUUGGAACAUGUUCAAGACUGCCACUAUUGCCAGCAAUGCAGACAAACUGAUGUCAUCUCUGGCAUGUACUAAGGACCAUGAACUUCUGAAUAAGUACCUGAGAUACACUUUGGAUUCAGACAAAAUCCGUAAGCAGGAUGCAACGUCUGUCAUCGUGUACAUUUCCAGUAAUGUUGAAGGCCAAACAUUGGCUUGGGACUUUGUGACACAGAACUGGGAGUACAUGUUCACACAGUAUGGUGUUGGAUCCUUCUCAUUUGCCAAUCUUAUAAGUGGUGUGACAAUGAGAUUCUCAACUAAAGCUGAACUUGAGCAGCUCCAGAAAUUCAAGGAGGACAACUCUAAGAUUGGUUUUGGCUCAGGGACCUUGGCUUUGGAGCAGGCCAUUGAGAGAACUACAGCCAAUAUCAAAUGGGUGGAUGAGAACAAGAAGAACGUGUGGGACUGGUUUUUGAGUGAGAUUGCCUAAAAACUCCUCAAUGCUUUGGUUGUCCAACAGACUUAAAUAUGUUAUUUUACUAUGGCAGACAAAGUGCUUGGAUUAUUUGCUGGGUUUUAAUUGUAUGUUAAACAUCUAAUGCAGUAGUUUUUUAUCUAAAUAACAAAUCAUUUCUGGGUCACAAUUAAGUACGUUGCUGUGAUUGUUUUCAAUUAAAAUGGUCAAAAAUAAGAGCAAUUUCCCAAGCAAGAAUUUUGCUAGGACUGACAGAGUGCUCGGAGUGGUGAUGGGAAUAUUGAAAACUAGCUGUUGGCAGGGAGGUUUGGAACUCUCUAAUUGGUCUGUUAACUAAUGUACCGCCUCCCACCAAAACAGGCAGAAGUUUCAGGCGGUCUUUUUAUUAAACAGCUCUUACACUAAAAGGGCAUUGUCAUAAUUUUCACAAUUUCACAGAAUUAUUCCAACCUCAUAGUGUGGAAAGAUAUAUAAAACACAGGGAAAUCACGUUUUUGACUGCACUGGGCUUUUAAAAUCAGAAAUGUUGGGGUAAGGUCAGCAACUUCCUGGUGAUUACAUUUAGUCAAUAUACCAUCAUUUUCUCUGUGGACCAUACUGCAAUUUCGCAGAGCACAAUAAUGUUAUGAGUGUCUAUGAACUUCUAUUAUUUUAGAGUUUUAGAGAAAUUAUUUCUAUUGUAUGCUAUUUUGUUGAAAAACAAUCAACCUGUCCAUUACAAAACGGUUGUCAAGCUGUCAUGUUAAUGGCCUUCAAAGUGUUGGCAAGAGCAAGUAGAUGGGAAAGAGACAGAUGCAGAGUGUGACAUUCUGCCACUGACUGUCUGGGAAUCAGGACACAUGGACAGCAGGGGGACUAGCUGUCACCUUGACUCACCCACAGCACAUGCAGGGAUUUAAGCUUCACCUGCCUAGUCUGACCACCCACCCCUUCUUUAAGGUUUACUCUACAAGCAAUUUACAGUAUAUAAUGGCUGUGCACAGAAAAACAUACCUCAUAACUGCCAUCUUGAUAUUGGAUUAAUGUAGGCUACUGUAGAUCAGUCUUGUGGAAUCUGAAACGAAGAUAUUUCACCCAGAAAAAGCUACUCGUUUGAGUAAACAUGGUGCUGUCUGUACCCGAAUGAAUAACAAAAGAGGGCUUUUGCUGGGCUUAUAGGUCUCAUUUGUUUACUCAGGCCAGGAAGAAAUUAAGUUUAUUGUCAAUUAGCUCAACUUCGAGCCCCUGAUAAUCCUCUGAAACCCUUACAAGUCCAAUGAUGGUUCAAUUAACACCCCUGUGUAAGGAAGAUUGAAUAUGUGUUUGAUCUACCAUCCAGUACACAAAGUUAUUAGUUAGGCCUUUUAACAUUUUACAUAUACAUACUAAAAAAGGUUGUGAGGGGAGUGAUAGAAUAAUAUAGCAAAUUUGACUUUUGUACCAUGACUAGAUACUAUUGUAUAUAUUUUGUAUAGCUAUUGAUGUUAGGUUGUAUCACAUCCGGCCGUGAUGGGGAGUGCCAUAAUGCGGCGCACAAUUGGCCCAGCGUUGCCUGGGUUUGGCCAGGGUAGGCCGUCAUUGUAAAUAAGAAUUUGUUCUUAACUGACAUGCCUAGUUAAAUAAAGGUUAAAAAUAAAAAUAAAGUUUUUGUCAUGGGAUGUUUAUACCGUUUCCUCUCCAACGGCUAGUGAUACGUCAGCUUCGUUCCGUCUUCAACGCUUGAGGAAGAAACGCAGUUACAAUUAGUUUCCAACAACCGGAUGUAUUCGUUUUUCAGGGAUACAGCUAAUUCAACCUAGGUUCCUUUUCCGCUGAAAACCAAAAACUAGGGUCAGGCGUUUUCUUUUGCGACUGCUACGUUAGGUUUAUGCGACCUGCUGUAGCCUAAAAUGCAGAUCUGUUAAUAGUUAACUCAAGUUUAUUUUCAUCUUACCCGGGCGCCUUUUUUUUGUUGUUGGAUACAAUAGGAAUAUGGCCUACUGUAUAAAAAAAGCAUCCCUCAUUUAAAAAAUGAUUUAACCUUUAAAUAACUAGGCAAGUCAGUUAAGAACACAUUGUUAUUUACAAUGACCGCCAAACCCGGAUGAGGUUGGGCCAAUUGUGCACCUCCCAAUCACGACCGGAUGUGAUGCAGCUUGGGCUUGAACCAGCUACUGUAAUGACUCAUUGCACUGAGAUGCAGUGCCUUAGACCGCUGCAUCACAUGGGAUCCCAGCUGGCAAAGAUCUCAUCUCUGGUUUGCAAUGAAAAUCAUAUAUGUCCUAAAUAAAACAAUCUAUUGAGAAAGCAGGAUGAAGGCAAAGCAUUUUCAUAGAAUAUUUGGCUACAGUAAUGUUUAUUUAAAAAAAAAAUAGAUUGGGCAAGGCUGAGGUGAGCUGAGCGCGAAGGUUGUUUGGCGAUGCAGGAUGAUUCAGGGAUACUAUACGAUUACAAAUGGCAUAAUAUUUGUGCAGAAUUAGCCUAGUCCUUGCACGGGAUUGGUGGCCUAAUGUGUUAGAGUUAACUUUAUCAGAUGUUUUAUCCUCAUCAUCAAGUAUUUGCAUCAAGGUUCAAGGUAUAUCACUCGUUUACAAAGUUGAAACAAACAAUGUUGUAGGCCUGUUUACUAAUCUCACUAAGGUAGCCACAUUUGAACUAUUCAUCAUAUUCAUCAGUCAAUGGAUAUAUUUCAUAAAUUGUAAUUAGGCUUACUGAAGGCCAAAACAUGUUCGAGUUUGUUUAGUUAU